UGGAGAAGGCCGGAGUCGGGUUUGGAUGGUCAACUCCGGCAUACUGCCGAAAACAAACCAAUCCGUCACCGUCAAGGCCCCGCACCGCUGGCCGCACGCAGGAAAAAUAAGUUGCGACCGCGAGCGGGCGAAUCAGAAAGGGCGUCCGGCCUUGGUCAGACACGACAGCGACGCGGAAAGGCUGCGCCCGCGGUGCCAUCUACAAGGGUCCACGUCCAUCCAAAAAGAGCGGUGCCCUGGACUUCUCCCUCGUGUUCCUACUUCCUACGCGAAGGAAGCCAGGCAGCCCACUCGCAUCGGAUCGCGCGCGGGGAGCGGCAUGGCCGGCGACGACGGCAGCGGCGGGAGCGGAGGCGGCAACAGGGAGGACGAGGUCCACGUGCAGAUCGCAGGAUCAUCCAAACCUGAAACCUCAUCUACCAACGAAACAGCUCCUCAAAACUCUCAUACCAAGCAUUGGCAUUGGUGGCUGAUGGUAACUCUGAACAUUUUCUUCCUCGUUGCUGGUCAGACAGCAUCGACACUCCUUGGCAGGUUCUACUACAACCAAGGUGGAAAUAGCAAGUGGAUGUCCACAUUUGUCCAAACCGCUGGCUUUCCAGUGCUGUUCGUCGCCCUAUAUCUGUUCCGUUCAAAAUCGCCUUCUACACAAACAACCACCAGUAACCCUGAGACUUCUGUCACCAAAAUUACUCUUAUAUAUGUUGUCUUGGGCCUCAUCAUUGCUGCCGAUGACUUGAUGUAUUCCUAUGGCCUGUUGUACCUUCCUGUAUCAACAUAUUCGCUCAUUUGCGCUAGUCAGCUGGCCUUCAAUGCUGUCUUCUCAUAUGUCCUAAAUGCUCAAAAGUUCACCCCAUUCAUUUUCAACUCAGUAAUUCUCCUUACCUUUUCCGCUGCGCUUCUUGGAGUUGACGAAGAUUCUCAGGGUACCAAUGGUUUAUCGCGUGGGAAGUACAUAUUGGGUUUCGCAUUGACCCUAGGAGCCUCGGCCACAUACUCACUAAUUCUCUCUCUAAUGCAAGUCGCAUUCGAGAAGGUUAUUAAGAAGGAAACUUUCUCAGUCGUGUUGAAUAUGCAGAUAUAUACAGCACUAGUGGCAACAGUAGCUUCUCUUAUCGGUUUAUUUGCAAGCGGCGAGUGGAAGACUUUAGAGGGAGAGAUGCAUGCCUUCAGCUCAGGGAGGGUGUCCUAUGUGAUGACACUUCUAUGGACUGCUGUAUCUUGGCAGAUAGCUUCCGUAGGAGUGGUGGGUUUGAUCUUUGUUGUGUCAUCACUCUUUUCAAAUGUGAUAAGCACACUGGCUCUACCCAUCAUUCCGAUUUUUGCUGUGAUUUUCUUCCACGACAAGAUGGAUGGAGUGAAGAUUAUUGCUAUGUUGAUGGCCAUCUGGGGAUUCGUUUCAUAUGGAUAUCAAUUAUAUGUCAGUGACAAGAAGGCUAGGAAGACUUCAGUCAGUGUGGAGGAGAAUUCCUAAGCGCUUGUUGGCCUGUUACAUUGGUCUUUGUGGCUCCUAUACCACUUUAAGUUGCUGGUAUUGAGGAGGUACUAGUUAUUGACUUAUUGUAUCCAAAAGGAGCUCAGUUGAGAAUCUCAGGUUUACACAAUUCAUAGGUAUAUACUUCUGUUAGUAUUGUCAUAUCAUCAUAUGUACCGAUGUACGGUUGUGUUGUCCUUUAAAAUAAAAAGAUUAGCAUUUCC